AGAGACUCGAACAGGCACUGCCCUCUAGUGGUAGUGAACAUUCCGUUAGCCAGCCAAGCCAAAGAUUAGGCGGAAGUGACGUGUAGGCGCUAAAGAUGGCGUCAGAUUCAAACGGCCGCUGAAUAAAUGUCGCAGGUCAUUAAAGUGCGCCCAGCAGCAGAGCGGAGGAGUCCGCCGGGCCGGGCCGGCCAGAGCCGAUCCGACCCGCGGGGGACCCCACCGAGAGCCGGCAGAAACUCCGAGGAGGAGAUAACAAGGGUGAGAGAAAUCAUCAUCGCCAGCAUGCAGCGAAAAGAGAAGCAGGCAGGAGAGAAAGACGAGCAGCGAGGACGGGGGAGGGACAAAAGCGAGGGAGAAGAAGGACGGAGGCGGCAGGUGAAAAGCAGGAGGGCGACGUCAGAAGGAGGCGAGCAGACGGGUCGUUUGAGGUGGAGAAUCAAUCAGCUGGAGAAAGAAAAGCUGGAGCUGACGUCCAGCCACAACCAGGAGCUGUGCAGGCUGCAGGCGGAGCUGGCCCGGCUCAGGUCCUCCGCCGAGCGAGGAGAAGCACAGCGGGUGGAGCUUCAGUACCAGCUGACCGUGAGCCGCAGAGACGCCGAUCGAGUCUCCGAGCUCAGCAGGGACAAGCACACACUCACAGAGCGAGCAGCAGAGCUCCAGCUGACGGUCCAGGAGCUGCAGAAGGCUCUGGACUUCACCCAGCGGGCCAGGGAGGAGGACCAGCAGGCUCUGCAGCAGGAGGUCGAGGAGCGCGACAGACUCAUUCAGAGCUUCAGCUCAGAAAACCAACGACUGCAUCAACUGCUGCAGGAUCACGAGGAGGCUCUGGAGGAGUCUGAGAGGAGGAUGGCAGAACUGCAGAGGAAGAAAGAAAAGGAGGCCGAGGUGAACAGACGACAAGCCAGCGAGCUGAAAUACCUGACGGACGGCGAGGAGAGGAGCAGGAGAGAGAGGGAGGCGUCCGAUCAGAGGGUGAAGUCUCUGGAGUCGAGCAUCGAGGCGGAGCGAGCAGCUCACCUGGAGUGCAGGUUCAACUCAGAGGUCGUCCAGCUGCGGGUGCGGGAGCUGGAGGCGGCGCUGGCGGCGGAGCGGGCCGGCCGACAGGAAGUGCAGGGCGGCCUGGAGCUGCUGAGAGCUCAGUUCAGAGAGGUGGAGCGAGCUUACAGCCUGGAGAGAGAGAGGAGCAGCAGCACUGAGCGCGCUCUGCAGCGGUGUCAGGAGGAGUUUGAGCAGUGCAAGUCUGACCUGAGCGUUGCCUUGGAAACGGAGAGGAAGCUGACCUCUGACCUCACCGAGAGGCUGGAUGAGGAGAGGAGGCAGCACGGCGACACACACACGCAGCUGGAGGAGGCCGCUCAGAGCCGGUGUCACACAGAGGAGGCCUUCGUCACCUGUCUCACACACAUGAGAGCAACACUCGAACAGCACAGCAGCACAGGUACACACUCUGCACACACCUGUCCAACACCUGACACUGGGUCACAGAGUCGUCCUCCAGCAAAGGAUGAUGGGAAUCAGAGUCUUUCUGCUGAAGUCCUGCAGCUGCUGAAGACAACGCUGAGCUGCUGCCAACACAGACAGGAAACCACCAACAAACAGCUCCAAGAUCUGCUGCUGGCGUCAGAGGGGCUUCAGGAUGAGAACCAGACUCUGCGACAGCUGACCUCGGAUCAGAGCAGACAGAUGGAGGAGUCACAGCAGGUGACUGUGAGACUGGAGGAGGAGGUGGCUCGCCUUCGCCAGGAGAGCUCUGAUUGGUUGAUGCAGAGCCGAGGUCUGCGGGCUGAGCUGGAGAAAGAGAAGGAGGAGAAGAUGGCAGAGCUCCAGAAGAUAACUGACCACUACCAGAAAGAGUCAGAGGUCCGUCUGUCCUUCCUCUAUUCCGUCUACCAGCGGCUGCUUGCCGGCUGCGUCCUCCUCGACCAGCCCCAGAGCAUCCUGGGUAAUUUCACGUGGAAGGAGCUGUGUGAUGUCAUCACUGAACAGGUUGACCAGCUGAUGUCUGAUCUCCGGAAGGCCAACGACAAGAUCGCCCACCUGCAGAGUGUGUGUGAGAAGAAGAGUGUGUGUGUUCGGGAGCUGCAGCGGAAUCAGGAGUGUGUGCUGUCUCGUCUGGAGGAGAGUGUGAGGAGGAGGGAGGAGGCAUGGAGCAGCCAGCACACACACACCGUGACACAGCUACAGAACGAGCUGCAGGUGUGUCGGUCUCAGUGCGACUCCCUCCGUGGUCACGCCUCCUCCCUGCAGCUCCGCUGUUCCUCGCUGACCUCCGACCUCUCGCGGCUCCGCGACCUCCUCUGCAGGAGCCGCAGGGAGUCGAGCUCCCUCCUGUCGGCCUGCGCCCUGCUGGCCGGGGCGCUCAAACACGCUCACCUCCGCCUGCUGACGCUCCGCCAACAGAAAACACUCGUGUGCAGACGGCUGGCAGAGAGAGAGGUGCUGGAGGAGGAGGUGAGGAGGCUGGCCGCGGCCCUGGGAGGUGACGGAGACGAGGAGGAGGAGGAGGUGAAGGGACGGAGACGGAGGGCGGUGAGGCGGUGGCGGAGGAGCGUGUGCGUGGUGCUGGCGGUGAGGAGGUGGUGCACGCUGGCCAGACAGACAACAGUGUUGUUUCAGCUGGAGGUGGGAGGAGGCGCGCUGGCCGUGUGUGUGUGUGGAGGGUCGACUACGGCAACACGGAAGGGCCAGGACGUACCGAGCACAGGUAAAGACGAUGAUGGUGAUGAUGAAGGUCGGCAAGGUGCGUGUGCUCGCUUGCUUCGCUCUAAAUGUCUGACCUCCACCGUUCUGUCGUCCAUGGCUUACCUGCAGGGGGUGCUGGCACACAGAGGCUCCUCCCCUCAAGACGUGAUGUCAGCCUCUCGUUCCGCUUUGUCCCGCCUCCUGGGUUACCUUCUCGACCAGUCGGGCACAGCGUCCAGCCUGUCUGACUGCGGUCCGGGCGAGGACACGAGGCUGAGCAGCCGGAUGAGACUCGGGCCGAGCAGACCGACGCCCCCGCGGCCGAACGUGAAGGCCCUGGUGUCCACCCUCCAGCAGCACUUCCUGCUCUUCAGCCAGCGGUUGCAUUCGGCCGAGGUGGAGAGGCGGAGCCUGAGGCUGGAGGUGGCCAAUCUGAAGAGAGGACUGCGGCAGGAGAGACAGGAGACAGUCCCAGCUGAGCGCUUCCACAGUGUGUGUGCGGAGCUCCGUCAGGCGCUGAGCAGGGAACAGGAAGCCCAGAUGCUCCUGCAGGAGCAGAGCGGCCAGCUGCACACACUGCAGCUCCGAGUGAACGCACACACCAGCCAGCAGGCCGACACACAGCACACGCUGAGGCAGACCGCGCAGUCUCUGUCGGAGGCUCGGCAGGAGGCGAGCCGGAAGGAGCGCUCGCUGAGGAUUCUGGGUAAGCACCUGUCCGGGGUUCAGCGGGAGAAGAAGCAGCUGGAGGAGAGGCUGCAGCGAGUCGAGGAUGAGCUGAGGGACGCCUCCAGACGUCGAGACCGUCUGAUCAGCAACAUGAAGGCUGCAGAGACGAGCUACAAGGAGGUCAGAGAAAGUCUCGUCCAGUCACGUCGCUCCCCGUCAGCCCAGCCCCGCCCCCUGCCAUUACCCAGGGAACACCUGGAGCUGAGUGGAGCAGAGAGCAUCAUGGGAGCUCCUGAGAUAGCAGCAUGCCAGAGUCUUCUCUCCACCGUCUCUCAGUUCUGUCAGAUGUGCAGCUCCAGGAUUGAUUGGCUGGAACAGGAAGUCUCCGCCCAUCGCAGUCAUGUGACCGCGCUGCAGAGUGAGCUGCAGGACGUCUGUCUCCGUGACAACUUGGCCUUCGUCCCUGUGGCUGAGUUUCCAGAAUGCUUCCCCUUUGCUGCAGAGGAAACCCCUCAACCUGUUCCCCUCUCUGAGCUAACAAAAGAACCGUUGGCCAUCUUAAGCCCCACCCCAUCUCAGACAAACCCCGCCCCCUUUCAGGUGAAUGCUGAUCCCCUCUCCAAGCCCUCUGGGGCCAAAACCAAGGAGAAGAACACUGUGAAGAAGAACAGAGGAGGCAGAAGACAGACAGACAGGAAGUGAGAAAAGAUCGACCACUUCCUGUUUACAUGACAGCAUGUAGCUUUAAUAUGGCGCCCCCCACAGUCCUGGAGGUUCUGGAAUAUUAUUGUGCUGACAGAGAAGUCAGGAGAACGUUUGGGGAAAACUUUUCAGGAUGUGAAUGCACUCACAGUUUUGGUUUUGGAAGGUCAUGGAAAAGUCUUAGGACUCACAAAGAGUCCUGGAAAGAUGAUGAAGUUCACUGUGUCGUGUUUUAGUUUUUCUACAUGAUGGUUUGAGUUUUCACUGCUCACACACACACACACACACACACACACACACACAGCUGUUGACAGCUGAUGACAGACAGCUCAAGGCCAUAUGGUCGCCAGUUUUGUGUGUGUGUGUGUGUGUGUGUGUGACACAGACCAGCUGGUUUCUGUACGAGUCUGCUUUGUCCUUUAAUAAAAUAUUUCUGCUCUUCUA